CACUCUCAUCUCAACCGACUCACCCAUGUUCCCUCACUAUUUUCAACAAAAUUCUGGAUUAUUAUCAAAAAAGUCGAUAUGCUCUACCUAAUUAUCUCUUAUGUGUUUCGCAUAUGAAGGGGAUUGUAAUUUUGCAGAUUUGAUUUCAUAAUUUCACCACCUGCAUUGCUCUCGCUUUUUUCUUCAUACUAUCUAGGGUUUGCUCGAUUGAGCUCGAAAGUUCAGCUUCAAUGGGCGGCGAAAAGAGAAGAAGGCAUGAUGUUGGAGCUGUUCACUCUAAUGGCAGAUUCAAGAAGCCUCAAGCAAGACUAAACCAGAAUACGACAGGGAAUGUAAGGUCUGUACAAGGCCUUUUACCGUUUUCUGCUGGAGACCAGGUCAAGAUGCAAGGUAUAAGACUUUGCCUUGGAUUUAUUUAGUUGUACAAUACGCUUUGCCUUAGAUUUAUUUAGUUGUAUCUACAACCAACUUAGCCAGCUUGUGAUUACCGACUUAUCGUGGUCCGAUGCAACAUAUUUGACUAUUAUAUGUUUUUCUCCAGUUCUUUAUGGGAUGGGAAAAGGGAUAAUACAACAAGUUUUCAGCUUUACAAGUUCUGGAUCCACUCUAUAAGUUUUUGUGUUCAUUUCUCAGCAUCCGUGGUUAAACUUUUAGUCCCUCUCACUCUGAGUUUGAAGAUUUGGUUGUUAUGGAUUAUAGAUUGUCAUCAUAAUGAAUUUUCUUAGUGAUGCAAAUUGGAAUCUCGUAGAUUUUAUUUUUUCACUGUUUAUGACUAAUGAUUAAGUGACAACUUUUUAGAUUUUGGAGUUGAAAAGCAAUAAGCCAUUACAUUGCUGCUCGUUUGAGCAACUUGGAUUGAAUUGUCUAUGAUGUUGCUGAGCCAGUACUAGGUAAUGUGCUUAAUAUAGGCCUUCUUUUUCUCUGAUGUUAUCUGGUGGAUCAUGAAUUUUUGUUUUGUUAGCUAAUGUUCUUAAUCACUCUAUUCUUGCUGAAGAUCACAGAUAAUUCGUGUCAACAAUGUUUCCCAAAUUAUUCGUCUCAAAAAUUUAUCACCUCAACCGAAUUCUCUCUCCUCACGCUUAGUAAUGUAUAUGAAUAUUUGGGUCAAUUACAUGGUUAUAUCCCAGGUAAUUUAACUAUUUCUCUAACUUUUUUAGUCAUGCAAUUUCUUUCGCAUUUCUUCAAAAUUAACAAAUUUUUCAGCAAUUCUUUUUAAUUUCUAAACCACUUAGUAUUCUGAACUUGCUUAAUUUCAACUAGGGUUUCAUAGAAAUCUCCUUUUUCCCGAUUUUGGGUUUAAUAUUCCUGGAUUUUGUAGAAUUUAUUAAUCUUUUUGCCAAUGAAAAUGGAUGAGUCGGAGCGGGUUCUUCCUUUUCAAUUUCAAUUUGACAAACCGGCGCAUCUAAGUUUCUCUAUCCUCUUACUAUUUUUGAGAUUUUGACAAAUUUAUAUUCUUGACUUAGGUUAUUCAUGUAUUUAAUUAAUCGCGAAAAAAUUAACACUAUGUUGUUUAAGAAUUUGAUUAUCUUUAUCCUUUUGAUUAGAUAAUAUUAGCGGAGUGGAACCCGGAGCAAUAUUUAUUGGCAAUCGUUACGGAGGCUCAAAAAUUUUACUACACCGCUCCAAUCGGCAAUGAUCGUGGAAAAUUUCACCUGACCAAACAUGCAUACUGGGUUUUCAACACUACAUUGUAAUGCUUGGAACAACUAUCUUGAUCACCAACUCCGUUGUCCCUUUAAUGGGCGGUAAUCGUGGGGAUAAAGCCUGUGUGAUCCAAGGCAUGCUCUUUAUGUCGGGAAUCAACACACUUAUUCAAACCUUGAUUGGGUCUAGACUCCCUGUGGUGAUGGGUCCAUCAUAUGUGUACCUCAUACCCAUUAUGAGCAUCAUCAGUAGCAAUAAUACAGGAAAUUAUGAUAGUGAACACCAGAGAUUUUUUCACAAUAUAAGGACUAUCCAAGGAUAUUUGAUAGUUUCAUUUUUUGUCAGCAUCAUUCUUGUAUUUAACAAAGCAUGGGGAAAUUUCACGAAGGCUCUUUAGUCCAGUUGUCAUCGGGCCUAUAGUUUCUCUGGUCGGACUUGGUCUAUUUGGGAGGGGCUUUUCACUGGUAUUGUCCUCUUUUUAUGGUUCAGAAACAUUUAUCUGAGUUCUUAGCUGUCAAAUGUGGCUGAUGAGAUCUUUUGCUUCAUCAUCUUUAUCACAACUUGCAAACUGUGUGGAACUGGGCCUACCAAUGCUAGUUUUGCUAGUUCUCGUGCAACAGGCAAUUUCCAAUUUGAUUGAUAUCACUCUCUUUCAUCAUUGAGGAGGACUGAUUUUAAAGACAUAAGUUUGUGUAUGUUGGUUUUUCAGUAUGCAAAGCGGCUCCACUCAAGAGCACACUCUAUUUUGGAAAGAUACGCGUUGCUUCUUUGCCUGGGAUUAAUCUGGGCUUUUGCAGCCAUCCUGACUGCUGGUGGUGUCUAUAAUAGAGUCAAAGUGAAGACUAAGAUGAGUUGCUGCAAUAAUCAUGAGCAAUCUUUUAGAGGUUUGCAUGUUGUACUAAAGGAAUUGAUGAAUGGCUAG